CCCGCGCCUGCGCGCAGCGGCCGUGACCUCGCUGCCGAUCGGCGUCGCCGCCGGUGACUGUUGGGGCGACCCCAGCUUCCUGCGGGGCCCAGGCUGCGGCCCCGCCGCCGGGCCGCAGUGACGCACCCGCCCCUCCGCGCCGCGCCGGAGCCAUGGAGGGGCCGGCGGAGAGGGGCGGCGAGGCCGGCGCGGAGGGCACGGCGGGGGUGAUCACGGAGAUCCGGGCGCCGGGCCCGCGGCCGCUGCGGCUGCUGGAGUGGAAGGUGUCGGUGGGGACGGCGGUGCAGAUCGGGUCGGUGCUGGCGCUGUGCGCGCCCCUGCCGCCCGCCCCGCCGCCGGCCUCCGGCGGCGCCAGCGGCCGGCCGCAGCGGCCGGGCCCGGAGCGCAAGCUGAAGGCGGAGCGGCCUGGCGUGGUGCGGGAGCUGUGUGCGCGGCCCGGACAGGUCAUCGCGCCCGGGGGUGUCCUGGUGAGGCUGGAGGGCUGCAGCCACCCGGUGGUGAUGAAAGGACUCUGUGCAGAGUGUGGCCAGGACCUGACCCAGAUCGGCAGCAGGAACGGGAGGCAGAGCGUGGCCCUGUCCACAGCCACCGUGUCCAUGGUGCACAGCGUGCCGGAGCUGAAGGUCAGCUCUGAGCAAGCGGAGCAGCUGGGCAGGGAGGAUCAGCAGCGCCUGCACCGCAGCCGCAAGCUGGUGCUGAUGGUGGACCUGGACCAGACCCUGAUCCACACCACGGAGCAGCACUGCCAGCAGAUGUCCAACAAGGGCAUCUUCCACUUCCAGCUGGGCCGUGGGGAGCCCAUGCUGCACACCAGGCUGAGGCCUCACUGCAAGGAGUUCCUGGAGAAGAUUGCCAAGCUGUAUGAGCUGCAUGUCUUCACCUUUGGCAGCAGGCUCUAUGCACACACCAUUGCAGGCUUCCUGGACCCCGAGAAGAAGCUGUUCUCCCACCGGAUCCUGUCGCGGGACGAGUGCAUCGACCCCUUCUCCAAGACAGGCAACCUCAGGGACCUCUUCCCCUGCGGGGACUCCAUGGUCUGCAUCAUCGACGACCGGGAGGACGUCUGGAAGUUCGCCCCCAACCUGAUCACGGUCAAGAAGUACGUCUACUUCCAGGGCAUCGGCGACAUCAACGCGCCCCCUGCCGCCAGGGACCCCCACGGCAAGAGGAGAGCAAACCACUCCCCGAGGGCAGAGGCCCUGGAGCCGGCGCCGGCAGCGCCCCGGGACGGGGAGGAGGUGCGGAGCGCGGCGGCCAACGGCAGCGGCGCGGCCGGCGCGGAGAGCCCCGCCCGGGAGGCGCACCCCGCGGAGGCGCCGGGCGCUCAGCACCCCGCGGGCGCCGCUCAGCACCCCGCGGGCGCCGCUCAGCACCCCGCGGGCGCCGCUCAGCACCCCGCGGGCGCCGCUCAGCACCCCGCGGGCGCCGCUCAGCACCCGGCGGGCGCCGGCGGCCGGCACAGGACGGAGGGCGAUGCCCCGGAGCCGCCGGACGGAGCGGCAGGGCGGCAGCGCCGCGGCCGGGCGGGAGGCGACUUGGACUUCGAGCUGUCCAGCGACAGCGAGAGCGAGGCGGGCGCGGACCCCGGCGGCCGCCCCCCGAGCGCGGACCCCGGCGGCCGCCCCCCGAGCGCGGACCCCGGCGGCCGCCCCCCCGCCCUGCCCGGCAGCGAGGGCAGGAGGAGCUGGAGGAAAGCCAAAGAGCCCCUGCGGGAGGGCAGCGGCGGGGAGCAGAACGAGGGGGAGCUGCGGGGGGGGCUGGCCGACCGGGGCGGCGAGCCCGAGGCCCCGGGCAGCGCCAGCGGCCGUCGGGGAGCGGGGCCGGGGGAGGGCGAGCCCGAGGAGGAGGAGGAGGAGGAGGGCGAGCAGGGCGAGGCGCUGUCGGAGCUCGGGAACGGCUGCGCCGACAAGAAGGAGGCGGAGACGGAGUCGCAGAACAGCGAGCAGUCCGGCAUCACCAUGGGCGAGUCGCUGGACCAGAGCGUGGGCGAGGAGGAGGAGGAGGAGGACACCGACGACGACGACCACCUGAUCCACCUGGAGGAGAUCCUGGCGCGGGUGCACUCCGACUACUACCGGCGCUACGACCGCUUCCUGCGGCGGGAGACCCCCGAGCCCCCCGACAUCCGCCGCAUCGUGCCCGAGCUGCGCAGCCGGGUGCUGGCCGACGUCACCAUCCUCUUCUCGGGGCUCUACCCGACCAACUUCCCGGUGGAGCGCACCCGCGAGCACUACCACGCCACGGCGCUGGGCGCCAAGGUGGUCACCAGCCUGCUGCCCGGCGCCGACGCCGCGGCCCGGGCCACGCACCUCAUCGCCGCCCGCACCGGCACGGAGAAGGUGAGGCAGGCUCAGGACUGCAAAGACCUCCACGUGGUGAACCCUGACUGGCUGUGGAGCUGCCUGGAGCGCUGGGACAAGGUCGAGGAGCAGCUCUUCCCCCUGAAGGAUGACUACAUCAAAACACACAGGGAGAGCAGCCCUGCCACCUUCCCUGAGGCUCCCAGCAGCUUCCAGACAGCUCUGUUCCACCCCACCCCCAUCCACCCCCGGAGCCAGCCUGGCCCCGAGGUCCGGCUCUACGACCCCACCACGGGCAAGCUGAUCAGGAAGGGAGCCCAGCCCCCGGGCCAGGCCCUCUUCCUGCAGGCUCCAGCUGCUGCCAUCACCCUGCCAGGCCACGGGGAGCACUCCUCCUUCAGGGUGGUGCAGCCCCAGCAGCAGCUGUUUGCAGAGGAGCUGGCGGCAGGGCAGGCCGGGGAGCAGGCAGCGCCCUGCAGGCGCAAGCGGCAGCCCAGCAUGUCGGAGACCAUGCCCCUGUACACCCUCUGCAGGGAGGAGCUGGAGAGCAUGGACAGGGAGGUGGACGACAUCCUGGGGGAAGGCAGCGACGAGAGCGACAGCGAGAGAAAAAAGCCAGAGGAGGAAGGGGAGAAGCCAGAGCCUGGUGCAGCAGAGCCCCCGGGGCUGAGAGCAGAGCAGAGGCCUGGAUCCUCCUCCUCCUCCUCAUCCUCCUCCUCCUCAGCAGCUGCAGGCAGCGGAAGGAGCUCGGCGGGCAGCGUGCACAGGGGUCACAAGCGCAAGCUGGAGGAGGAGGAGGAUGGAGGUGGCAGUGACUCCAGCAAGGACUCCAGCAAUGAGGAUGAGGAGGGCAGCAGCUCUGAGGCAGACGAGAUGGCAGCGGCCCUGGAGGCAGAGCUGAACGACUUCAUCUGAGGAGGAGCUGGGGCCGGGGC